GAGCCACUAUCGUGUGAAGAUAGAUGAAAACAUGUCUACGCCUCAAGAAGAUCAAUCUGGUAUACCACGUGGCCCAGUAAAAGAGUCCGGUUCAAAGAUCUUCAAGGACCCUGUUCAUGGGACUAUAACGGUGACGGGUUUGUGUGUGAAGAUAAUAGACACCCCGCAGUUUCAGAGGUUGAGGUAUUUGAAGCAACUUGGGGGAGGUUACUUUGUAUAUCCGGGCGCAGCACACAACAGGUUUGAGCACAGCAUCGGAACUUACUAUCUGGCUGGAACAUUUGCUCGGAUUCUGCAACAGGAAUAUCCAGAUUUGAAGGACGAUGAAAUCACGUGCAUUGAAAUAGCAGGACUGUGCCACGAUCUCGGACACGGCCCAUUCUCACACGUCUUUGACAACUUGUUUAUACCUCGUGUGGUGCCAGGCAGCGAGUGGAAGCAUGAGCAUGCCUCAGUCGAUAUGCUGGAUCACCUCAUCAACACCAAUGAGGAUGUGAAGGAAGCCUUUAAGAAAUUUGAUGAAAAUGGGACUCGUGGUCAUCUCGAGCUCAUAAAGGACCUCAUCUUAGGCAGGAAGAAUUCUGCGGGAGAGCCAAAAGGAGGUGUGCACGAAAUGAGGGGGGAAAAACCUUUCCUUUAUGAAAUUGUCAACAACGCCGAAACGGGAAUUGACGUAGACAAGUGGGACUACUUUGCUCGCGACUGUCACAUGCUGGGCAUAAAAAACAACUUCGACCACGACAGGUACAUGAAGCUGGCGCGUAUAAUCUUCGUCGAAGAAGAAGGCGGCAAAGUGCCACGGAUCUGUGCAAGAGACAAGGAGGCCUACAACCUGUACGACAUGUUUCACACUCGGGAGACGUUACACCGAAGAGCAUACCAGCACCAAGUUACCCGUGGAGUGGAACUCAUGAUUGUUGAUGCGCUCAGGCUCGCUGACGAAACUGUGCGGAUAACAGGAAGUAAUGGCAAACAACAAAAAAUAUCAGAAUGUAUCAAUGACAUGGCAGCCUACUCCCAUCUCAAUGACAGCAUCUUACAGUUCGUGGAAGAUCCUAUAAACCUGGGGACGGAGAAUGAUUCUCUUCCAGACACCCUUGAACAAGCAAGAACAAUCAUCAGAAGACUCCGCACAAGAGAUUUGUACAAGUGUGUUGGCCAAUACACCCUGUCUGCUGCUGACCCUUUUACACAAGAUGACAUUCCAGGUAUUAGGGAAAAAAUCUGUAGUCCUACAAUGGCGACCUGGGAUGACAAACAGUUUGAAAUCGUUCUGACGUCUUUCGAUUAUGGAAAGAAAAAAGAUGAUCCAUUAACAAAAGCAUGGUUUUAUAGAAAAUUCGAACCUGCAAAGGCUUUCACUUUGCCGGCUGAUGAGAUAUCACGGAUGCUUCCAAAAAGAUUUCAAGAGCGUGGAAUUUCUAUCUAUUCCAAACAGAAGGAGUUCGAGGUAGAAAUUGCCAGACGUUUCAAGCGUUGGUCCGAUGAGCGAAAAAUGGAGGAGUUCCCGGAAAAUUCAGGACAACAAGUCCAGAUGCCAGGAGUCUCCAACCAGUGAAAUGGGAAUGCCCUCACAAUACAGAAGCCGUGUGACGGUGAUAUCCGAAGGCCUUCAAAGGCUUAGUGCUAUUUAAUGUGUAACAUUCAAUCUUCACAUAUUAUUAUAAUAGUGUUUUUUAUGUAUUUAUUCCUAGCUGGUGCCUUAAUGGUGAUAGAUAUGUAAGAGUUGGUUGACAUCUGCAUGCUGAUCUAAUCUAAAUCUCUGCCACUGACCACAUUCCACUGAAGGAAACGGAUCAGUUUCAUGAAGCGUUUGACAGCACGACUAAUUAUUCCCCGCCACGAAGUGGAAGGGGGAUAUAGGAAUGGGUGCCGUCCGUCCGUCC